AGCUGAGGAGCUCGGAGUCAAAGUUUCUCCCACUGAAAGGUAGACGUUGUUCUGCUUGUCAUUUGUCCUCCCUUCCUGCGAGUGGCGCUGCUCCCCCAGCGCCACCUGGCGCUACCGGAAGUGUAUGUUUGCUGACGCGGAACUGCAGUGGCGUGCGGCAGUGUUUGUACAAAGCUGCUCCAAAAGAGCCGCCCCGAUGUGCUCCGUGCAGCUUCUGCGGGUGUCGGUUCGCCAGCGGAUGAGCGCCGCGGUCGAGGAUUUCCUGCUGCGGCUGCAAAAAGAAGAAGAGGCGUCUCGACUUCCGCUGCUGAGGUCGCUGCUCACCGAGCGGCUCGCGGCCGCCGCGGACGACAUCGUGGUCCUGCUGGAGGGCGUCGUCAACGACUACGAGGUGAGGAUGAAGCAGUCCGAGUGGGAACUCUGCCGCCAGAAGAAGCUGCUGGAUGUCAAGCUGCAGAAUCCCGCAGAAUCAAGCCGGAUGCAGUCAGAGACUCCCGAGGACGUGCAGCAGGUGGUGGUGGGGAAAGAGGAGCAGGAUGAGCCGGAGCCCCCCCAGGUCAAACAGGAAGAGGACAACGUCGCCACGGCCCGCGUGAAGAGUGAGGUGGGCCAAGACGAUGAGGAGCAAGCUAAUUCCCCCCCCCACCGUGAGAGCGACAGCAGCGAUGAGGAGUGGACCCGGUCCAGUGACGAUGCGCCGCUGAAAAGUUCCCAAGCGGUUGGCGGCGGCGCAUCCACCACCUGCUCCGACUGCGGCAAAAGCUUCCUGAACGCCUUGCGCCUGAAGAGACACAAGAAGACGCACUCGGGGGAGAAACCGUACGUGUGCUCGGUGUGCGGGAAGAGCUCCCGCCAGAAAGGAGACCUGCUCAAACACAUGCGGACUCACACAGGCGAGAAGCCGUUCUCGUGCUCGGUGUGCGGGAGCAGCUUCAUCCACAGCCAGGCGCUGGUCCAACACACCAGGACGCACACGCAGGAGAAGCCCUUUAGCUGCUCCGUGUGCGGCGAGACCUUCGCUCGCAAGGACUACUUGAAGACCCACAUGAGGAGACACACAGGAGAGAAACCUUUCUCCUGUCCCUUCUGCGGGAAAAGCUUCCGGCAGAGGGUGAACAUGACAUCCCACAUGAGGGUCCACACGGGACACAAGCCGUACUCGUGCUCCAUCUGUGACAAGAGCUUCUCGGUGAAGGGCAACGUCAGGAUCCACAUGAGGACGCACACGGGGGAGAAACCCUUCAGCUGCAGCGUUUGUGACAAAGGCUUCACUCAGAAGGUCAACCUGCUGAGUCACAAGUGUACCGGAAGUGCGCCGCCCGACCAAUGUACUGUAUUGUGUAUUUAUGUGUUGCCGUCAGACGUCUUCAAGGUGAUUGUAGGUGCAGAGCCCCGGCUGGAGACUCCCCGCAUCAAACAGGAGGACAUCACCAAGGUCCCGGUGGACGGUGUAGAUGAAGAUGGUCCGGGCGAGGCUGAUGGAGACUGCCGUGGUGGAGCACGAGCAGGUUUACUAGUUCAGACAGCACGCGACACUUCCACCACCUGCUCGCAGUGUGGAAAGACCUUUUAUUCCAAGUCCAACCUGAACUUGCACAAGAAGAUCCACACAGGAGAGAAGCCGUUCAGCUGCUCGCUCUGCGGGAAGAGGUUCUCCCGGAAGGAGAACAUGAGCCGACACGUGAGCACUCACAGCGGCCUGAAACCUUUCAGCUGCUCCGUGUGCGGCUCCUCCUUUACUCAGAACGACAGCCUGUUACGACACAUGGCCACGCACGAGCGCGCCAAAUCCUUCGUGUGCUCCGUGUGCGCCAAGGCCUUCUACGACCAGUACCACCUUAGGCGCCACAUGGAGGUGCACAGCCAGGAGAAACCUUUCAGCUGCUCACUUUGUACCAGAACCUUCCGGCACCGCUCGGCUGUGGACGCACACUUGCGCACGCACACGGGAGAAAAACCUUUCAGCUGCUCGAGCUGCGACGCCAGCUUCACGCGCCAUCCGGCGCUGCUGCAGCACAUGAAGAAGCACUCGGGCAUCAAGCCCUUUGCCUGCCUGGUGUGCCAGCGCCGCUUCACGCUGCGCCACACGCUGGAGCAGCACGUGAGGACGCACACGCAGGAGAAACCCUACGACUGCUCACUCUGUGGGAAGAGCUUCUCUAGAAAGGGCGGCCUCAGCACACACAUGGUGACCCACACGGGUGAGAAGCCGUUUCACUGCAGCGUCUGCGACAGCGCCUUCUCCUGGAGCUCACAGCUGAAAAGACACAAGUGUGCUGGCCAGCAGGCGUCCUCAUGCUAAAACGUGUACCGGCGCAGGAUCCAGCAGUCGGCACAAAGUAGAAGAAGAACUUCUUCUUGGAAUUACAACUUUUACUUUGAAGUGGUCUCGUGGACAAGUUGGAAACACCUGGAAAAUAAAAAGACAGUGUUCUUCAUUGUCAACGGAAGCUUUCCCGGUGGUAGAAGAGGAGAAGAUGAAGCUCAGAAGUUGGGCUUGUGCUUCUUGACCUCCACCAUGAGGUGGUGCAGGUUGAUGAGCUCGGAGCGGACUGGCAGGCUCCGGAACGUGGGCUGGUUGAGGAUCUUAUGGAAGCCGUGGUAGUACUGGAUGAGCUGGGUGAGGGCGCCCUGUGGGCAGAAAGAGGAGUCACCGUGUGUGUCGGAACCACAGAGGUCGUGGAUUCCCCCUCAUCCUCACCUGGAUGAUGCUGGUACCAUUCUUGAAGUUGGUGAAGGACCGCAUGACGUCCUGACUCAUGGCCUCCACUGACUGUUUCCAUGAGCUGGAGAAUCCUCGGACCAGCUGACAGAUGCGAGCUGAAGGACAAGAACAUGGAGCAGGUUUUUCCCUUUUGCAAGGAAGUCACAUGCUUACAUGCUCAUGAAUGUACGCCAUGCAGUUUACGAGCCAUAUGAAAAUAGGUCACAUUACUGUUCUGUGUGUGUGUGUGUGGACCAAACUGGACGCUACUCACCUUCCUCAUUCUUCAGUCGCUCCAGCUGCCCGUUCUCCACCAGCGCCUCGGCCUCCUUCACAAAGGAGAUCAUCCCUCCGAAGGGUGGUGACAAGAUCUCCUCAAUGAACUCCUGUGGGGGUAGCUUGUUGUACUAUCAUGCAAAUAUUUCACAAUAAAAUCUGCAAAUGCACACAGGAAGUGCUCACCUGCGUCCUGGCCAGCAGCAGCUGCU